ACUGAUAAGUAACAUGAUAAUCGAUAGUAAGCAAGAUCACACCACCUUGUGAAUCUCUCGCUGGCACACAUUUAUCAGGUUUUGUUUUCUUACAACGAGCACUCAUAUCCAAAUCAUCCUUCUUAACUACCUAACUCUUGACAAUGUCUGGCCCAUCUCCAAAGAUCUCCGUUGGCGACACACUCCCAUCUGGGAAGUUUGCAUAUGUUCCUUUUACACCUGCUCUCGCAGAUAGCGCCGCCUGUGGAAUCCCCACGACGCUCUCGACGGACGAGUGGAAAGGCAAGAAGGUCGUGUUGUUCUCCGUCCCUGGUGCUUUCACGCCAACCUGCCACAUUAACCAUCUCCCGCCUUAUCUCGCCAAGUACGAUGAAUUCAAAGCCAAAGGCGUUGAUGUCAUUGCUGUCGUUGCUGCCAACGAUGCUUUCGUUAUGAGUGCCUGGGGCAGGAUUGAGGGUUGCAAUGAGAAGAUCCUUACUCUCUCCGACCCCAACACCGCUUUCUCUGCCUCCCUAGGCCUCACCGUCGACCUCUCCGCCGUAGGCUUCGGAACUCGCACGGCGCGCUAUGCACUGAUCAUCGACGAUUUGGUGGUCAAGUACGUCGAGGUUGAGCCUGGACGCGAAGUCAGUGUCUCAGGAGCCGAUGCAGUCCUUGCCAGGCUGUAAGCUAUGAGCUAAACGCUCAGUCUAUGGUCUACGUUAUUGUAUAUUUUAUCGAUGCUUCUAAGAGAAUCGUGAAUUGUAAACUAGAGCAUCGAAGGAUAGAGUCGAGGGCUGAAAUAACAUUUGUACAAUUGAGAGGGCCUGGAAGAUGCUUAUAUCUGCUAGAAAUAUAAGUAUGGGAAG